GUGCAUGGAUCCGAGCGCCGCGCUGCACCGGCGGCCCGCGGGCGGCGGCCUGGGUGCGGUCUCCCCGGCGCUGUCGGGCGGCCAGGCCCGCCGGAGGAAGCAGCCCCCGAGGCCGGCCGACUUCAAGCUGCAGGUCAUUAUCAUCGGCUCCCGCGGCGUGGGCAAGACCAGCCUGAUGGAGCGCUUCACCGACGACACGUUCUGCGAGGCCUGCAAGUCCACCGUGGGUGUUGACUUUAAAAUCAAGACUGUCGAACUGAGAGGGAAGAAAAUUAGAUUACAGAUAUGGGACACAGCGGGACAGGAGAGAUUUAACAGCAUUACCUGCUAUUACAGAAGUGCCAAGGGGAUCAUAUUAGUGUAUGACAUCACCAAGAAAGAGACCUUUGAUGAUUUGCCAAAAUGGAUGAAGAUGAUUGAUAAGUAUGCUUCAGAAGAUGCCGAGCUUCUCUUGGUUGGAAAUAAGUUGGACUGUGAAGCAGACAGAGAAAUCUCCAGGCAGCAAGGAGAAAAGUUUGCACAGCAGAUAACUGGGAUGCGGUUCUGUGAAGCCAGUGCCAAGGACAAUUUCAAUGUGGAUGAGAUAUUUCUGAAACUCGUUGAUGACAUUCUGAAAAAGAUGCCUCUUGACAUUUUGAGAAACGAGUUGUCCAAUAGCAUCCUCUCUCUACAACCAGAGCCUGAGAUCCCACCAGAGCUGCCUCCACCUAGACCACAUGUCCGAUGCUGUUGAAUUGCUGCUUUGGAGACAGAGUGCAAACAAGUCCUAGGAGGGGAAACAUUCUGUUCUGCACUACAAUCAUGUGACAAUUUCCUUUCGCACUU